CGACCUCUUUAAAUCUAAAGGGUAUAUUAGUCUCUCAAGAGAAAAAGACAAAAUUUUGUAUUGGUCCAAAUUACAUUUUCCAUUUCUCAGACCAAAUUGUCAAAAGAAAAGGCGUGACAAGUUCUGACUUUCAAAACGAUUGCGCGAUCCGCCUAUCUCUGCCGCUACCGCCCUCGCUGCUUGUUCCACCGCCAAGUUGUCCAGUGAGCGAACCCGCUUGUCCAGCGCACGAGCCUCACCUUGAAGAUGGCAGACGACGCGUUGCUGAAGCAACUAGAGGAAUCAACGAAGGACGCGGUGCGUCACCAGGCCGAGACUCUCCAUUCAAUUCUUCAACACCAGAGCGGCGUGCGUUAUCUCCAACGCUACCUAUCCGACGUUGACGAUCAAAAUGCCCCGAUAGACGCUGCCACUUUUAGACGCUCCGUGCCGUUAUCUAGCUACGAUGAUUACGCUGAUUACAUCAAUCAAUUAGCUGACGGAGCCUGCAGUGACGAUCAUCUCUUGUCCGUUGAUCCUCUGGUCUGCUUCUUUUACAGUUCUGGAACAAGCUCGAUGAAGCCUAAACUGAUACCUUACUUUGAUUCGGCGCUUUCAAAAGCGGCGUCGUAUAUAGCUCAUCAAGGAAGUGCCGCUGUUCUUCGAAGGUUUUUUCCUCCAAGGCCUGAAGUAAAUAGGAGACUGGCAUUUAUAUAUGCCGAUAGCAUUACAACUACGAAAGGCGGUUUCAAGGUAAUGGCUGCUUCUUCUUUCCCUUUGCAGAAUAGUAGCAGUAAUGCAAAUCGCUCUCUAUUUACGUCUCUCACUAGCUCCAAGGAAGUGAUUCUUGGUUCAAAUGUUGAGCAUCAAAUGUACUGCCACCUUCUCUGUGGUCUUAGGAAUUCUGAUUAUGUGGAUGCUAUUCAUGCCCCAUAUGCGCCUGGUUUGAUUAAAGCUUUGGGCGUAUUGGAAUCUAAGUGGGAGCAACUAUGUGAGGAUAUCAGAAAAGGGUUUCCAUGUUUGGAGAUUGAUGAUGUUCUGAUGAGAGAUUCUGUUGUUGAGGUUCUUGAUGGACCACAACCAGAUUUGUCAAACAGAAUUCGAUUGAUCUGUGAAGAGAAGGAUUGGGGUGGAAUUUUGCAUAAAUUAUGGCCUAAUGUUCGAUAUAUUAGAUGCAUCACAACUGGGAGUAUGAAGCAGUAUUAUUCCAAACUUAAGUACUAUGCAGGAGUGAUACCUCUGUUAGGAGGGGAUUACUUUUCAUCAGAGUGCUGUGUGGCCAUUAACUUGGAUAUCAAGCAACCACCAGAUAUGACAAAAUUUGUUAUGCUUCCAACUGCAGCAUAUUUUGAGUUCCUUCCGUUUGAUUCAACUGAGAACAAGGUUGUUGGUGAAGAAACUGUAGAUGUUAGCGGUGUUGAGGUAGGGAAGAUGUAUGAAGUGGUUGUGACUACUUAUAGAGGAUUUUAUAGAUAUCGACUAGGUGAUAUUGUAAGAGUUGUUGACUUCUAUAACUCAUCUCCGUUGCUGGAGUUUGUGAUGCGAGCUCCUAAAACUUCAUAUGAGAUAGUGUCUGAGGGAGAUUUGAUGGCUGCCGUGGAAAGUUUUCAACCUUUGCUGAGAAAUAUCAUGGGCAUGGAAGUAGAGAUUGUGGAGUUUACGAGUUUCUUGGACUUUGAUUUGAGUCCUAAGAGGCUGAAGAUUUUUGUUGAAGUCAAAGACUGUGAUAUGUUUUCACAGGACAAGUUGCAGGAGUCAAUUCUACUCCUUAGAAAGUGUUGUUCUGCUCUUGAAGAUAGCUUGGGAAGUAUUUAUAAGGUGCAACGGGAUAAAGGCGAGAUGCACCCUUUAUCACUAUCAAUUUUGAAACGUGGUAGCUUUGACAGGUUACUUCAAGGAGCAAUCAAGAAUGGAGCAGCUAGUCAAUAUAAGCCACCUAAGAUCAUAAGAAACCGUGACAUUGUCAAUGUUAUGGAAGGAUAUGUUCUUGUGACUAUAUGCUUAGAAUCUCUAUGUGCUUAAUGACUUGCUGCCCUUUUUAUGCUUAAUGGAAAGACUAGAAGGUGGAUCUUCGUUAGAGUUAUCUACAUGCUACAAAGAGCAUAAAAUUCUCUCAAUUUAUCGGUUCCUAAAUAUUUAUGAGCAUUGAAAUGUUAUACAUGCUAACCAGAAAUCUGAUGUAAUCUAUCAUCAUAUUUGUAAUGUAAACAGAAAUAUUCUUGUUGCUUGUUUCA